AUGAUGAAAUCAAUCAAGAAACUGUUCUCCCGAAAGAACAAGUCCCCCAAGAGCAUCCGUACCACCACAAGUGAGAGUGGUUCUGAAGCGCAAGGUCCGUGUGAGACAGACAACGAGAAGGUUGUGAGGGCGUAUGUGCAAAAGCUGAAUGACCAUGACAUGGAUGGGGCCAAGGAGCUCAUAGCUGAUGGCUGUGUAUGCAUCUUCACCAAGGCAGACAAUAUGGAACUGGAAUGGACUGAAUUGGCAGCUGAAAUGGUCAGGAUCUACGAUGCCUUUCCAGAUUUCAACUUUCGAUUCGAUUCUUCCAUUGACGAGCGCAAGAGUGACGGAGUGGUGGUUUGGAGCGACGUGGUACCCAAUGGUCAUCACACCGGCAAACCUUAUGGGUUUGGACCGUGUCCUGCCAUUGAAACAUCUGGCAAAUAUGCGGAAAACUCACCGGAGACUAUUUACUUCCAUGUGAAUGAACAGGGAAAGAUCAGCAAAAAAGUUAUUGAGUGUUCAGGGGACAUGUCAGGCCCACCAGGACUCUAUACCCAAAUUGGUGGCUUUCCUCUCAUGUAA